AGCGUAAAUUUUAUUUACCUUUUAGUGUUUGUCUUCAGGAGCAUGUUCUCAAGCUUUUUCUCUGCAUCUACAAAGACUAGAAAUUUAACUUUUUCUUCUAAUGAAAGCUGAAAUUCUCCCAUAAUCACCUGAUUCCAGGAACUGGGGCUUUAAAUUCAUAGAAUUUGCACAAAAGUUGGCAACACUGAUAUACCAGGCCCCUCAAAUCUUGCUACCCUGACAUCUUGAUUUUUGGGGGCCAGACUCCUGAUUUUUGAAUGCAUGGGGUUCACAAUACUGCACAAGUUCAGUUUAAGUCAGAGAGCUGCAGGUGCAGAGCACAUCACUGAAAAUCAGGCAAUAGGUCAUGUGGAACACCUAGUCAUUCAGGCACCCAAAUUAGUUGAUAUGACACUUAAAAGUUUUAGCCUGUGUAAUUCACUCAGGAUCACACAGCAAGUCAGUGUUAGAGUUGGGUCUCCUGCCUCCCCUGCUCUUAUCACUUAACGCUAUCUCCUAACCAUAUGCUGCAUCAAAUAGCAAAAAUAUAAAAUAUAUGUUGGUUGGUUAUACCUGCUAUAAUGGUUCAACAGCAGAUUCUUACUCCUGGAGCAAUUUCUCAGAAGAUACUCUCAGGAAACUUGAAAUUUCAGGAAGUCAUAGAACCCCAAAAUAUAUAACAUUGAAUACAAGUAAUGACAUUUCUCCCAUAUUGGCAGCUGACCCCCUCCCUUUCCCAGGAAACGGCAGGGAAAUUGCAGGAGAGCCAUGUAAGAGGAAUGGGAAGUGUUAUAUAACCAUCACAAAAGGGACAGCCGCCCUCACUAUUGUAAACAGAGUUACCAUGGACACCCCAGAGAAUGGCAAAGGAAGCAGGCACAGAGCCAACUUCUGAUCAGCCUCUCAUGCAGCUCUGUCAGCCUCUGACCCAGUGUUUAGCCUCCAAACUGCCUUGCUUUGAAGGAGAGACAUCCGGCUGCGAGGUGAAAUGACAGAGGUGACCAGAGAGGUGUUUGGACACUUGCCCCAGAAGGGAGGAGGAGGGGCUGUUGAAAAGUUCCUCCUGAAAUCAGACAGUGUUAAAGUGGAGAUUAUCUCCUUAGGCUGUAUAAUCACGGCACUGGAAACCAAAGGCAGGGAUGGGAAGCUCUCCGACAUUGUCCUGGGUUUUGAUCGCUUGGAAGGUUAUGUCAACAAACACCCCUACUUUGGAGCCACUAUUGGGCGAGUUGCUAAUAGAAUUGGUAAUGGGAAAUUCACGGUGGAAGGAAAAGAGUAUCAGUUGGCCCUCAACAACCCACCCAACUGUCUGCAUGGAGGGAACAAAGGGUUUGACAAGGUUCUCUGGACCCCGGAGGUGCUGCUAAAUGGCAUACGCUUCUCCAGAACAAGCCCAGAUGGUGAGGAAGGGUAUCCUGGGGAACUAAAAGUCUGGGUGACCUACACACUCGAUGGUGGGGAACUCGCAAUAAACUACCGAGCUCAAAGCAGCAGCACGACUCCUGUUAGCCUGACAAACCAUGCCUACUUCAAUCUAGCAGGCCAGGGAUCACAUGAUAUCUACAACCAUAUGGUCUCCAUAGAAGCAGACUCUUACUUGCCUGUGGAUGACACCCUGAUCCCUACUGGAGAGGUGGCUGCGGUGCAGGACACAGCUUUUGAUCUGAGGAAGCCGGUAGAGCUUGGAAGACACAUGCAGAAGUUUCAGCUCCCUGGCUUUGACCAUAACUUCUGCCUGGAACAGUCGGAGGCUCGACGCUACUGUGCAAGGUUCCGUUCCUUCCCCAUCUUGCUUUCUGUCCUUGCUCCCUGGGUACAAAACUGCAUCUCUUUAUAUAGAGCACAUCAUCCCCCUAGUGGCAGGACGAUGGAGGUUUACACCACUCAGCCUGGAAUCCAGUUCUACACUGGAAAUUUCCUGGACGGCUCGCUGGAGGGCAAAGGGGGCUCUGUGUAUCCCAAGCAUUCAGCCUUCUGCCUUGAAACACAGAACUGGCCGGAUGCAGUUAAUAAGCCCCAUUUCCCCAGUGCACUGCUGUGGCCAGGAGAGGAGUACAACCACACAACUUGGCUCAAGUUUACUGCAGCUUGAGGAGUCACCUCUGCAGCCACAAGAAGAAAUUCAUCACAAAGUGCUCUGAGUCGUGGGAGGGGAGCAGGGGAAAUCACUUAAAAUAGCAGCAGGAGCUUCCAGAUUUCUCCAGUGUAGGCAGAUGUGGCAGGUGCAGGCACAUCUCUUAGGGACGGAGUUUGUAAAAG